AUGAAGCUUUCAGCGACGCUUUUGGCGUCCGUUGCGCGAUCGCAAUGGACUCCUCCGGAACCAGAACCCUACAGUCAUAUUUUGAGUACCGGAACAGAGUUUAUUGGUGCUAAGAAUCAUCGGGGAACGAUUGAGUUUAAGGGUGUACCUUACGCUCAGGCGCCAACUGGAGAGCUCAGAUGGAAACCGCCAGUUCCAGUUGAGGAAUACAGCGAGGCAAGCUAUGAUUUCAUGAACUACGGAUACAGAUGCAUGAAUUACGGCUGGACGCCUGACAUGCCAAACGCUGACCUCACCGGCGAAGACUGCCUCAACGUUAACGUCCACACGAUGGCAGAAUAUCUCCAACCAGGCGCCGAGAAAAAGCCGAUCAUGGCGUACAUUCACGGUGGAGGAUGGAAUACCGGCUCGAAUCAAGCCGCUUUUCACAAUCUCGUCAAAGCCGGAGUUGUCGAGAUAAAUAUUGGCUACCGUCUCGGUCCUUAUGGAUUUUUAUACGAUGAGACUCAGGAUGAUUUCGACCACAAAGGCAACUUUGGUCUUCUCGAUCAGCGAGCAGCUCUGGCCUGGAUUCAGAAGUUCGGUGGCGAGUUUGGCGGAGACGUCAACAAUGUCAUUCUCGACGGAUGUUCUGCCGGUUCUGCUGCUGGUUGGUGGCAUUUGACGUCGGAAGGCUCCUGGCCCUAUUUCCACAAGGCCAUCACAAACGGAGUCGGCUUGAACUACGCUUUCGGUGGGCACGAUCUCUCGAUUGCGACUGGUUUGACUCAGGCGACUCUUGAUGCAGCUGGCUGUGCUGAUGUCGAUUGUUUGAGAUCGAUGCCAGCGGAAGAGCUGAAUCCGCAUUUCAGAAAUGCGAAAAGGGUUGACGGAGCUUUCCAUCCGACGAAACUGGCACUUCAGCCAGGUUGGGGUCCUGUCAUCGAUGGGGGCUUCUUGUCAGCUUCACUGGUCGAUAACGUUCGCGACGGGACGAUUCGACCGAACACGCCGAUCAGCUUCAAUUAUGCGGAGCACGACGCGUGGAGCAUGACUGAUGGUGGAUUUAAUGCCGCUAUUAAGAAUAUCCCUGCAUUCGCUCCACAUACUAACGCAAUCAAGGAUCUUCAAGCAGCUGGUUUCAAAGUUCCGUCUGACUUUACCGAUCUCUACUUCAAAGAAGUCUUUGGCGAAGACGUCUUCAAUACGUACAUCUCCCCCGAACUCGGCUGCCCCAAUUCAGCAUCCGGCGAGACAGUCGAAUGCAAAGAGCAGUUCUUCCGAUGGAUUCAGGGACAAACUUGGGUCUGCAACUCAAGAUAUGCUUUCAGUGGGGCACCAAGUACUGAUACAAACAUUGGACCGAUCUAUCCGAUGGAGUUUGGCUGGAGAACUUGCGAAGAAGUCGAUGGAGUCAAAACGAAAACGUGUCAUUGUGGAGAAUCCGGAUAUGUGAAUUCGUUGAGAAGCGCCAAUCCAAAUAUGCCAGAGGACGAGCAAGCUUUGAUCGAGUGGACUUCCGAGUACUGGGUUAAUUUCUUCAACACUGGUACCUUUCCCUCCACCGUAGGAUCGAUGCUGUCCAUCCAGGACUUGCCCAACAUUAACACUGUCAACUACAUCAAUCCUUCUGGUAACCUUGAGCAUCCAGAAACAAACGUUGCCGUAUGCGAUGUCCUCAACGCGAUGGUUGAAGAGUUCGGCGCCGACGAUGUUUUCGGCGGCGCUCACUGGUUCUACGAGCACGGGCCAAUGGGACCACAGCCCUGCGACGACGUUGAUUGCGGCGACAACAAAGUUUGCGUGAACAACGACGACGGAGUCACCACAACCUGCAUUUGCGAAGAUGGUUUCAUCGAAGUCGGCGACGCUUGUGUCGACGAUCCUUGCGUGCCAAGUCCUUGUCACGAGAAAGCAACAUGCACCUCAACUAGCUCUAGCGAAUUCACGUGCGAGUGCAAACCCGGCUACAGUGGGGAUGGCUACAGUUGCAUAACUGAUAGCAAUGUGAAGUUGACGUUGAGUUCCAACGGCGCAACUUUCAUCGGCGAGCUUACAAGUGACGACAUCGCAUUUUUCAAAGGAAUUCCCUACGCCGCCGAUUUUACCGAACGAUGGACUCCUUCCGAGGCCCGAGACGCGAACGGCUACGAAGUAAAAGAGCACGACUUCACCGUCUACGGCCCUAUGUGCAUGACGAAAAACAGCAAAUCCACUCAGGAUAAUUUUGACCAGUUUGACGAACAGUGUCUCAACGUCAAUGUGAUGACAAAGCCAGAAUGGCUGACUGAUGGGACAAAACAUCCGAUUCUGAUUUACAUUCAUGGAGGUGGCUUCAACUCAGGUUCCAAUCGAUCGAAAUUCACGAAUCUCGUCAAUGAACAGGGAAUCAUGGUGGUUUCUGUGAACUACCGACUCGGGCCUUACGGUUUCUUCUACGACACGAAAACACCCGAUGUUGAUGGACCAAGAGCAAAUUUUGGCCUUCUUGAUCAGCGAGAAGCGAUGAAGUGGACACAGACCUUCGGCGCCGAGUUUGGAGGAGAUAUCGACCAAGUCACUGUUUCUGGCUGCUCGGCUGGAAGUGACGCUACUUGGUGGCAUCUGACCGAAGAACUCUCCUGGCCAUAUUUUAACCGGGCAAUCACAAAUGGUGUUGGUUUGAAUGCGGCUUAUGGGUCGCACGAUAUCGAAAUUGCAUCGGGCCAGGCACAGUAUGUUAUCGACAACUCCAUUUGCGCUGGUGAGCCGGACGAAGAAGUGAUCGACUGUCUUCGUGGACUAGAUAACCACGAUGAACUCAACGAGCUCUUCCGAGAUGCGACCGACAACGUCUACCACCCGAUCAAGCUUGCCCUUGAGCCUGGAUGGGGUCCAGUAAUCGAUGGCGACUUCAAGUCCGAAUCUCUCAUGGACUCAGUCAUGAACGGAAACGUCAAGCCAAACUGCCCGAUCAGUUUCAAUUUCGCUCGGGACGACGCCUGGGGAUUCACAAAUGGAGGAUUCCGAUCAUGCACCGGCCGUAUGCCAGCUUUCGCCGAUUCGGAGGAAGCUAUCAGAGAUCUUCAGCGAGAAGGAUUCGAAAUUCCAUCCGACUACACUGACAUUUACUUCAAAGAAGUCUACGGCCCAGAACUUUUCUCCUCGAACAUCGAAAGUCAAUUUGGCUGUCCUAACAAUGCCGAUGGAUCGGCAAAUGAGUGCAAAGAGCCCUUCCACAAUUACGUAAUGGGAACAACCUGGACUUGUAAUUCUCAGUGGGCACUGGCAGGUGCUCCAGUAACCGACCCGAACAUCGGCCCAAUCUACCCAAUGGAGUUCUCUUGGCCAACUUGCGUCAAGAACGAUCUCGACGAAAACACUCGAACUUGCCACUGCUCCGAAAACGGCUACAUUAUCGGAAGCAAGCCAAUUGCCGAUUACAUGUCCGACGAUGAGAAAUUUAUGCAGCAGAAGAUGCGAGACUACUUCGGCCAAUUCAUGCGAGACGGAACUUUCCCUUACGAUCCGGAAUUUGGAGAAAUGAAGGAUGUCAAGAGCCUAAACGGCGAAUUCAAUCACAUCAAUAUGGGAAUUGAGCAUUACCGAUCCUACCCGGACACUUGCGACGCUUUGUUCAGUCUUGCCUCCGAAAUCGGAGCUGUCAAUGUCUUCGGAAAUGCUUACUGGUACUACGAGCACGGAUCACGUGAGUAA